AUGAAGAAGAGCCGCAGCGUGCUGUCGGUGUCUGGGGAAGAGGGCAGGGACGCAGACAUGCCGGGGGCUGGGGAGAAGGCCGAGUCCUCCGCAUACAGCCGCUCCUACACCUCUGGUUCCUCUCUGGGGGCCUCACUGGGAGCCACGCUGGGUGCCGAGCUGCGCCGCGGCCGAAGCAGGAGACUGUCGUCCAGUCUUCAGGUGCCCUGCUGGCUUCGCCCGCGGGACCGUACCCGCUCUCCGGAGGUCCUGAGCAACGCACCAAGGCCCACCAGCCUGCCCCUGCGUAUCCCCCCGCGGAUUUCCAUCACCCAGGCUGACUCGGACAGUUAUGAGGCAGAGAACGGAAUGUCACCAGGCCACACCCCAGUGGGCGGUCUCAGCCCUGGCCUCACCCUGCAGCCCUCCUUCCCCCAGGGCCAGAGACGGGAGUCCUUCUUGUACCGCUCCGACUCGGACUACGACAUGUCCCCCAAGACGUCCCGCAACUCCUCCCUGGCCAGCGAAGGACACACUGCAGAGGACUUCAUCGUCACCCCGUUUGCUCAGGUUUUGGCCAGUCUGCGGUCCGUCCGGAGUAACUUCACCCUCCUCGCCAAUGUCUCCACCCCUCAACUCAAGCGCUCUCCCAUGGGCGCCAUCAGUGUGAGCCCACGGGCCUCCCUCUCAGAGCAGCAGUACCAGCAGCUGGCCCUGGACACACUGGAGGAGCUGGACUGGUGUCUGGACCAGCUCGAGACCAUCCAGACCCACCGCUCUGUCAGCGAGAUGGCCACCAACAAGUUCAAGCGGCUGCUGAACCGGGAGCUGUCGCACCUGUCAGAGAUGAGCCGCUCGGGGAACCAGGUGUCCGAGUACAUCUCCAGCACCUUCAUGGACAAGCAGAACGACGUGGAGCUUCCGUCCCCCACGCUGAAGGACAAGCCCAUGAGCCACAUCAUUGGGGUCCGCAAACUGUCCCACAGCUCCAGCCUGUCUAGCAGCUCCGUGCCCAGGUUCGGGGUGAGCACGGAGCGGGAGGACGAGCUGGCCAAGGAGCUGGAAACCAUGGACAGGUGGAACUUCAACAUCUUCAGAGUGGCAGAGCUGAGCAAUAACAGACCCCUGAGCUGCAUCAUGUACGCCAUCUUCCAGGAGAGAGAGCUGCUGAAGACCUUUCGGAUCCCUGUGGACACCUUUGUGACCUAUGUGAUGACCCUGGAGGACCAUUAUCAUGGCAGUGUGGCCUACCACAACAGUCUGCAUGCAGCCGAUGUGACGCAGUCCACUCACGUGUUGCUGUCCACUCCGGCCCUGGACGCGGUGUUCACUGACCUUGAGAUCCUGGCUGCUCUGUUUGCUGCUGCCAUCCAUGACGUGGACCAUCCCGGGGUCUCCAACCAGUUCCUCAUCAACACCAAUUCGGAGCUGGCCCUCAUGUACAACGAUGAGUCCGUGCUGGAGAACCACCACCUGGCCGUGGGCUUCAAGCUGUUGCACCAGGACAACUGCGACAUCUUCCACAACCUGACCAAGAGGCAGCGACAGAGCCUCCGCAAGCUCGUCAUCGACAUGGUGCUGGCCACAGACAUGUCCAAACACAUGACGCUGAUGGCCGACCUCAAGACCAUGGUGGAGACCAAGAAGGUGACAAGCUCUGGGGUCCUGCUGCUAGACCACUACACUGAGCGCAUACAGGUGCUGCGGAACAUGGUGCACUGUGCAGACCUGAGCAACCCCACCAAACCCCUGCCCGUGUACCGCCAGUGGACCGAACGCAUCAUGGAGGAGUUCUUCAGACAGGGUGACAAGGAGAGGGAGCGAGGGAUGGAGAUCAGUGCAAUGUGCGACAAACACACAGCCUCAGUGGAAAAGAGCCAGGUGGGCUUCAUUGACUACAUCGUGCACCCUCUGUGGGAGACGUGGGCCGACCUGGUGCACCCGGACGCGCAGGAGUUGCUGGAUACUCUGGAAGACAACCGUAACUGGUAUCUCCAAGCCGUGCCGCAGUCGCCCUCCCCUCCGCCCGACCGUCACCUCCAGCAUGACCGCUUCCACUUCGAGCUCACCCUGGAGGACCUGCGCCACAACAACCACAACCACCAUCCAUGCAACCACAAGCACCGGGACCACGGCGACGCUGGCCCGGGCGCCAAUGGACAGGUUGCGAGUGGAAGGGAAGGGGGUGGAUGUGACGAGAACCACAACGGGCUGCGCGAGGAGGAGGAAGAAGAGGGAGGGGUAAAGCCAAGUCAGCGUCUAGAUGAAGAUGAGGCAUCAGAGGAAGUAGCGAGGAAAAGAAAAGCAAUGGACGAAUGCCGUAACGGAGAGGGACUUGCUGAGGAGAGAGAAGGGGAGGGAGUGGUGUGUAAAGGGGAGGGACUUAUGGAGGAGUGGGCGGAUCAAAAUGAGGAGUUGGAGCUAAAUGGUGAGGAGGAGGGGGUAAAUGAAGGGGCGGUAGUUGAAGGAGGGCAAAGUGAAACGUUGGAAAAAUGCAAUACCAUAGCGCAAAAUGUAGAGGAAAGUGAAGGGGAGGAGCUACACAAUGAAGGGGAGGAGCUACACAAUGAAGGGGAGGAGCUACAUGUACAAACGGAGGAGCAAACAGAAGGAGAAGGGCUUUCGGAAGAAGGGCUCGAAGAUGAGACAGAGGGACUCAAGUCGGUAGAGGAAAACCCAGAAGAGAGGGAAGGGGAGGACUCUGCCUGUGAGGGGGAGAGUGGCAUGGGUAUACAUGAAGAAGGGGAGGGGUUACACGAGGAAGGGGAGGGGCUACACGAGGAAGGGGUGGGGGUGGCUGACAAGCAGGAGGCACUAGAGGAAGACAAGGACAGCGAAGUGAUGGAGCCCUGUGAGACUGGAGAGGAACAUUUGAAUGGGGGAGUUGGGGAGGAGACUGUGUGUGAGGGGGAGGGGCUUAUUGAGGACUCCGUGGAGCAAAGUGAAGAAAAUGAAGUGGAGGAGGGGGAGGAAGGGGAGGAGAGCUGA